CAUUGCAAACACGCAUUCCGGCAUCACACAUUCGAAUCGGCCGUCGGUUGGUGCAGUACCUCAAACGAGAAAUCAUCAAGUAGCGAAGGUAGAAAAACAAAAAUAUUUAGAAAUUCGCUUGUGAAUUGUUAAAUUUGAUUGUGCAUGCCCUGAAUGCUUCUCAACGUGAUAAUUUGGUCAUUGUUUUCAAUCUCUUUUGCGUAUUGUAUUGUUGUAUUGUCCGCGAUCGCCAUUUCGCCAUCGAUUACAAACCUGUGCUAACCCUUUGCACGCACAAUUUGCAGAAAGUAAAAUGGGCAACAAGAAAGAAGACUCUGAAUCCGAGGAAGAGUUCUCCGUCGAGAAGGUAAUCGACAAGCGAAUGAAGAACGGCGUGAAGGAGUAUCUUCUCAAAUGGAAGAACUACAGUGAUGAGGACAAUACAUGGGAGCCAGAAGCUAACCUAGAUUGUCCGGAACUGAUUGCCGCCUUCGAAAAAUCAUACAAAGAGAACAAAGAAAAAAAGGCUAAUAGUAAGAAAAAGUCUCGCGUCCGCUCCCCAUCGCCCGAAUCUGACGCCAGUGGCGAAAGCAAGAAAUCUCAAAAGAAAAAGCGUAUAUUGUCACCAUCGCCGGAUGAUUCAGAUGCUAGCACUGAAGCCAAAGCGCCUGAAAAAAGCAAAGCAUCACCAUCUCCUGAAAAGAAAAAAGAUAAAAAGUCGAAGGCGCGCAGUCCCUCACCCACACCCGAAGUUGAAGAAGAGACAAGUGAUCAUGCAGCUUCAGAUGAUGAGAAGAAGACUGAUAAGAAACGACGAUCUGGACCAGCAAACGCUGACAAAAAAUCAAAAUCCAAGAAGAAGAAGUCUGAAGAUGAAGAGAAAGACAACGAAAAAGAAAAAUCCGAGAAGAAGAAACCAGGUCCAAAAAAAUCCUUAGAAAAGAAUGGUUUUGAUAAAGGGUAUGAAGCUGAGAAGAUAAUUGGUGCAUCAGACACCACUGGGGAGUUGUUGUUCCUCAUGAAAUGGAAGGGUAUUGAUGAGGCUGACUUGGUCCCAGCCAAGAAAGCCAAUGUUAUCUGCCCACAAGUGGUUAUAAGCUUUUAUGAACAAAGACUUGCCUGGCAUACGACCGACGAUGACUAGACGCAAGUAUUAUUCGAUUAUCUUUUUUAUCUCCUGGGUUGUACGUCCCCAAUGUUUCUCGAAGUAUGAUCUUGUAAUUUCAAAAAUUUGAUUUAAUUAGAACUUUUAUUACUUAUUCGUAAUCCAAAUCUGGGAAAUUUCAAUAAAGUAUUUUAAUUUUUACAAAUACAA